AUGCCUCAGACUCAGUCCGCAUCUCCUUCUCAAUCGAGCGAACCGAUUCAAAAGCCACAAAGCAAGCAGCUAGUCAGUCAGACUGAUGAACACGAAUUCCAAUAUUACACGCCGCCUGAUGAUUUCAGUCCCGAAGAAGACCACCUUAAACUCUUUGGAACCUCAGACUCUCAUCCCGGUCUAAUCGAUGGCAUAAAACGUAUCUACAAAUCAGGCAAAUACUCCGAUGUCCAAGUAAUCAUCGGCGACCGCUCUCUCCAGGCGCACAAAGCGGUGCUUUGCAGCCAGUCCGCCGUGCUCGCCGCCGCCCUAGAUGGAUCCUUCAAAGAAGGUCGCACAGCUCGCCUAAAUCUAACACCAAACGGCACAAUCCAAGCCAGCCUACUAAUCCAAUUCCUCUACUCAGGUGACUACGCUGACAUAGAAGACCCCGACCCCGACCCCGACCCAACAGAGACAAAGGAUACCGACCCAGCAACAGACGUGGCGCCCGAGGACGAUGAUAGAUCAGACUAUUGUCCCCCAGUUCCCCGCCCGCGCAAGAACCUCCUCAUCCACAUUGACAUGUGGCGCCUAGGCGACAAAUACGCCAUCCCAGCUCUCUGCCACAAGGCAGCGAAGAAGUACAGCAGAAUACUGAAAAUAGAGCGGUGGGAUAACGGGAAGUUCCUCGAUACUAUACAGCCAAUCUACGAGUGCAGUCACGACACGGAAGAGGGUAGCGAGAUGAGGAGUCUGGUGGUCAAGUAUCUGAGGCAGCAUGCGAAUGAUAUUCUGGGCUCGAAGAUUGCGAGCGAGAAAUUCGAUGGUAUUGCGGAGGGGAUUGGCGAGUUCAGUCGGAUGUUUGCAAGGCAAGGGCUUGCUACACUCGGGUCGCACGAUCGUGGUGAGUCGCGGGAAUACUGGAGGUCAACUGGUAGGACUAUUGUAGAUGAUUCCGAUCAGGACUAUUGUGGAUGA